AUCCCUGCGCCCGGCUGCAGCAUGACGCUCCGUCUCCUGGGAAUGAUGCCGCCGCCUCCGACGACCCUCCAGAGGAGCUGAGACCACCCGACGGGUGCAACUGGAAGAACCCCCCCCCAACUACCCCACCCCCACCCCUCCACGUUCUUCCCUGCGAACCGCAAGACCGGCUCUUAUAUGAAGACUUUGCGCAGACAGUAAUGAGCGCACGUUUCCGAUUGCCUGCUGGCAAAACCUACAAUGUACGUGCGUCGGAGCAGGCCCGAGACAGGCAGAGUACCGAGGUUGUGUGUAAUAUCCUUCUGCUGGAUAACACUGUGCAAGCUUUCCGUGUCAGUAAACAUGAGGAUGGCCAAGCUCUGCUAGAUUUGGUCUUCAAGUUUCUCGAUCUCACCGAGAGGGACUAUUUUGGAUUGCAGUUGGCUGACGUUUCCCCGGAGAACCCCAAGUGGCUGGACCCAAGCAAGCUAAUCAGAAAGCAGCUGAAAAGGGGGUCUCCGCACAGUCUGCAUUUCAGGGUGAAGUUCUUUGUCUCCGACUCCAGCAAACUGCAGGAGGAAUACACCAGGUACCUUUAUUUUCUUCAGAUUAAACAGGACGUUCUCACCGGGAGGUUGCCCUGUCCGUACAGCACCGCCACCCUGCUGGCUUCUUACGCAGUUCAAUCUGAACUGGGAGAUUACAGCCACUCGGAUCACCUCCCCGGGUACCUCGCCGAUUUCUCUUUUAUCCCCAGCCAACCUCUGGACUUCGAGAAGGAGAUCGCUAAACUGCAUCAGCAGCACAGGGGCCUGACUCCGGCGGAAGCUGAAUUCAGUUAUCUGAACACGGGGCGCACUUUGGAUCUGUACGGGGUGGAGCUGCACUUCGCUCGGGAUCAGAGUAACAAUGAGAUCCUGAUCGGAGUGAUGUCAGGAGGGAUUGUGAUCUAUAAGAAUCGGAUACGAAUCAAUACCUUCCCAUGGUUGAAGAUUGUCAAGAUUUCUUUUAAGUGCAAACAGUUCUUCAUUCAGCUGAGGAAAGAACUGAACGAAUAUCGGGAGACGGUUUUGGGGUUUAACAUGGUGAAUUAUCGCGCCUGUAAGAACGUGUGGAAAACGUGUGUCGAGCAUCAUACCUUCUUCCGGUUGGACUCGCCGCUACCGCCGCACAAGAACUUCUUCGCUCAUUACUUCACGUUGGGCUCCAGGUUCCGGUACUGCGGGCGGACGGAGGUGCAGUCUGUACAGUAUGGGAAGGAGAAGGCCAAUAAGGACCGGGUUUUUGCGAGAUCUCCCAGUAAACCUUUGACACGGAAACUGGUCAGCGAUAUGGACUGGGACGUGACGAGUGGAAAUUCGCUGUCUAAUGACAGACUGGAGACGCAGAGCCUGCCGUCCAGAUCCCCGCCGGGGACACCCAAUCACCGGAGUGCGACGUUCAAUCAGGAGGGAACCCGCCUGCGCCCGUCCUCUGUCGGGCACCUGGUCGGCCAUGUAGUGAGCCCGUCUCCUGGGAAGGUCUUUACAAACCACAGAUCUCCGUCCUCCACUCAGGCCAACAGCAUCAUCCUGGACUCUCCCCAAUCACAAGACCCUUUGCUGGAGGCUCCUCCCCCUGCGCUGCCACCGAAACAAUCGAAAAAGAACAGUCUGAGCCAAAUCUACCAAUCCCAACCGGAGCUGGACAACCACAUCGGUGAGGCCUAUGACCCCCUGUGGUCUCCAGAGAAGAACACGCCCAAUGGUCUCGUGCCCCAUGACAAUCUUGUGUUGAUUAGAAUGCGGCCGGAUGAGGACGGACGCUUCGGGUUCAAUGUGAAGGGUGGAUAUGAUCAGAAGAUGCCAGUGAUUGUGUCUCGGGUGGCCCCGGGGACAUCGGCUGACCUGUGUGUCCCACGUCUAAAUGAAGGGGAUCAGGUUGUACUGAUCAACGGACGGGACAUUUCUGAGCAUACGCAUGACCAGGUUGUCAUGUUUAUCAAGGCGAGCUGCGAGAGGCACUCGGGAGAGCUUGUUCUGCUGGUCCGGCCUAACGCGGUAUAUGAUAUCGUGGAAGAGAGGAUGGAAAAUGAGCCGGACUUCCAAUACAUCCCAGAGAAAACACCCAGAGACAGCCUUCACUCCGAGGACGAUACCCUGAGGGAGUCGAUGAUACAGCUGGCUGAGGGUCUGCUCAACGGGACGGUCCUGGCACAGUUUGAUCAACUGUACAGGAAGAAGCCGGGGAUGACAAUGUCUUGUGCCAAAUUACCUCAGAACAUCUGUAAGAAUCGAUACCGAGACAUUUCGCCUUAUGAUGCUACGCGAGUUCUAUUACACAGCGGGGACGAUUACAUCAAUGCAAAUUAUAUUAAUAUGGAAAUCCCUUCUUCCAGCAUAAUAAACAGCUACAUCGCAUGCCAGGGCCCCCUGAUCUCCACCUGUUCGGACUUCUGGCAGAUGACAUGGGAGCAGGGCUCGUCCAUGGUGGUGAUGCUGACCACACAGGUGGAGCGCGGAAGGAUAAAGUGUCACCAGUACUGGCCGGAGCCCAUAGGGACCUCUGAAUUUGGCAAUUUCCAAAUAACCUGCCACUCGGAAGUAGGAAACCCAGCGUAUGUUUUCCGAGAGAUGACGCUGACAAACUUGGAGAAAAAUGAGAGCCGUCCUCUCACACAGGUCCAGUACACGGCCUGGCCGGAUCACGGCGUACCCGACGAUUCCAGCGACUUCCUGGAUUUUGUGUGCCUUGUAAGGCAGAAGAGGGCCAACCACGAUGAGCCGGUGGUGGUACACUGCAGUGCUGGGAUUGGUCGAACAGGCGUUCUUAUCACCAUGGAGACGGCGAUGUGUCUGAUGGAGUGUAACCAGGCCGUGUACCCGCUGGACAUCGUACGAACAAUGAGAGACCAGCGGGCUAUGAUGAUUCAGACGCCGAGCCAGUACCGCUUUGUGUGUGAAGCCAUCUUGAAGGUCUAUGAAGAAGGGAUCGUAAAGUCUCUAAAAACAUCACAUCAUUAACGGAGGACGAAACAUCCAAGUGGAGACGCCCGUUUCCCCUUCCCCCCCCCCCCCACAAGCCGAGAAUCGAAGAAUCCUCGCCCGCUCGUCCUGCCCCAGGGGCGUGGGCGAUCAAGUCAAGGAGAUUUCGGGAAAGGACUUUGAAGAAUUCAGCACUGUUGCACUUUACGUUGAAACAAACAGAAAAUAAUAGAAUUUCUGAAACUCAACAUUUCUCUUUUCUGCUUUGGAAGACGAUUUUUUUUUCCCCUUUUUUAUUUUU